AUGCUGCAGAGGCAUGCGGCAGGAGUGCUAGCUGCUCGCGCGUUUACCUCCGCGGGUAGCCCUGCGGGAGAGGAUGGCGCAAGCAGCGCAGCCAGGCGCAGCACCGAUGGUGCAGACGCGGAAGGUUCAGCAAAUUCCGAACCAGCGAGGUCAGCAGGUUCGGUGGACGCAGCAGCCGAACCUACAGGUCCGCCGCUGCUUCGGAAGCGGCCAUUCAAGGCAGCAUAUGCGCGGGCGGCGGAGGACGGCGGAGGCGGAUGGGUGGUGAUGCUGGAUGGGCGCAUGCUUCAGACGCCCGCCAAGCGCAUCAUCCGCCUGCCGUCCGCGGCGCUGGCGCACGCGCUGGCGGCGGAAUGGGAGUGGCAGGAAUCAUCAAAGCUCCGCGCGUACACGAUGCUGCUAAUGAAGCUGGUGUGCACGGCGGUGGAUCAGAUCCCCACGGACCGGGACAAGGUGGUCGCACACCUGCUGCGCUUCUUCCACACAGAUACCGUGCUCACCCGCACGCCGCUCCCCGCUCACCACGUGCAUGCGCCCACGCCCUCCCCUUCCGCCUCCUCCUCUUCCUCCUCUGACGCCUCUGCGGCUUUGGAUUUUAGUGCUCUUACCACCACUCCGACCACAGGGCCCUCGCUCCAAGAACUGCAAGCAGCAGCAUGGGACCCUCUCCUGGACUGGAUAGAGUCCGAGUUCGGCGCCCGCCCUUCCGUCUCCUACUCUUUACUGCCGCCCGAUCAGCCCGACGCUGCCGUGAGGGCCUUGCGCUACGCGCUGCAGCCAAUGGACGCCUUCCACCUGGCAGCAGUGGAUUUCCUGGCAGGCCCCACACGCUCGCUGGUGCUGGCGCUGGCGGUGGUGAAGGGGCGCCUCAAGAUGGGUGAAGCCAUGAGGGUGAUUCGCGUGGAGGAGGAUUUCCAGACGGAUCGGUGGGGAGUGGUGGAGGGGGGUCAUGACAUAGAUGCAUCGGACCUGAAAGUGCGUGUGUCAGCAGUUUCAGUCUUCGUUCGCCUGCUAUCCAUGCCUUGA